UGGCUAUGAAAAGGCGAAGCCAUCUAAUAAACCACACGCAGACUUAGAAGAGAGAGGGUGGCUCUGAGUAACACGACUCCUGUGUUUCCUCAUUUGUGCAGCAUAUUUCUACGCAGAACGCAGCUGAAUGGUUAUUGAUCACAUCGUGUGUGUGUGUGCGCGUGUGUGUGUACGUGUAUGAGUGUGCGCGCGUGUGUGUGGGACCGGGUCUUUGAUGUAGACAGGCUGAUCACAGAUCAGAUCCAUAAAGCCAGCCCCUCUCCCCGCCUUUGAUCUCGGCGUUGAGGCUGUCCUGGAGCUCCUCCGCCGCUCGGAGUCGUGUCGAGCUGGGCUGGAGGAACAGCGCUGACAUGGUGAGCGGACCGGACCGGUGCGGGAAACACGCCACCACAGCUCUCACCGGUCUGCUUUCGACUUUUACGAACCAGCACUUUUAACAGCAGGCUCUUUUUUUUUAAGCAGCUGCAGAGCAACAAGGGGUCCAUCAAAAUGGUCUGGAUGCUUCAACACACCUUCUCACUUGUGCUAACUGCGCAUGUGAUAUAUUCAGCUUUGAUUCAUGUGAGAGCCGAGGAGGACACCAGAGAAUGCAGAGAGCAGGAGUACAAGGACCGCUUUGGAAACUGUAAACCCUGCAAACAGUGUGAUGCAGGACAGGAGCUUUCAAAGGAAUGUGGCUUUGGUUAUGGAGAGGAUGCCCGGUGCGUGCCCUGUCGGAGCAGUCGCUUCAAAGAGGACCGGAGUCUGCAGAAGUGCAAGCCCUGCCUGGACUGUGGCCUCAUCAACCGCUUCCAGAAGGGCAACUGCUCCACCACCAGCAACGCUGUGUGCGGUGACUGUCUGCCAGGAUAUUACCGGAAGACUAAAUUAAGUGGUUUCCAAGACAUGGAGUGCAUACCUUGCGGGGAACCUCCACCUCCUUACGAGCCCAACUGCAGCGGGCGAGUGAACCUGGUGCCGCUCCCCUCGGUGGUGACCAGUCCGCGGGACAUGGCCCUGGCCGCAGUCAUCUGCAGCGCCCUCGCCACGGUGCUGCUGGCCCUGCUCGUCCUCUGUGUCAUCUACUGCAAGAGGCAGCUGCUGGAGAAGAAGCCCAGUGCCUCUCUGAGGUCUCAGGACUGCCCGUACCUCGGGGCGGAGCUCUCCUGUCUGGACCCCCGCUGGCUCCAUGACUUCCCCCAGAGGCCCUGCUGCCAGUGUCACCUCGGCCCGGGACACGCCUGUGGCCCGGUUCAUCUGAUCCCAUCUCUGUGUUGUGAGGAGAGCUGCAGCCUGGGCCGCAGCCAGGACAUCAGUCCCUUCCAGUCCCAGAUGAGUCUGAGUGACGGAAACGCAAACCCGAACGAGGAGGACACCCCGAUGCAGCCGGAAGGACGUCCAGAGUCUGCGGGGGAGCCCGAGUUCAACGCCCAGCCUGCAGAAAGACUGGAGGAAGAGGAGGAGGAGGGAGGAGAGGGGAGGACGGAGGAGAAAGGGGAAGGGUGCAGCUCGAGGGAGAGUUCACCUGAGAGGUGCAGACAGAGCGGUGGAGACGGUGCGACGGAGGUUCUGCUUCCCAAACGGCCCGCGCCCACUCAGGAAGGAUGACAUGGAUUGCUUUUGGCUUGUGUUCCACCCGUGACCUACCCUGGACUUGACAACAGCCGCGGCCAGAUCCCGUCUCAGAUUACUCACCAAGCCCCCGACCCCCAGCCCCCACAACCACACACAGACAACAAGCAGCAACCGCCCACAAGUGUGGUCACGCUGUCUCUUUGAAAUGCCUGCCGCUGACCUCAGAGCCCCUCGGACGGUCCACGCGCAACAUGUACAUAUGUGGAGACGAAAGCACUGCUGGGGAAAGGCCAGGCACGAAGCAGAAGACAUAGAAAAAAAAAAUAUAUAUAUAUAAAAAAAACAUCUACACACACCGAAUGUGAACUGGAAGGUAAAAAUCAUAUGAAGUUCAAACGUUGAGGAGUACGGACACAUGGCCGCGGAGCCUCUCUGCUCUGCCCUGAGAAUGCCUUGCACCUUCACAUGUAGGAGAACAUAAACUGGACCACUUUGUCUAGCAGCUGGUGUCAUGAAGCUUUCGUGUGUGAAGUUUGAAGUGUGAAGACAACACGUCUAAAGUGAUUAUGUUGCACAGUGAAGACAAUCUUCAUCCAACGGAGCAGGUUAAGACGAAGAAUGUCCAAGUGAUAAAUGUGUUGUAGAUAUUGUAAAAUAGUGAAAUAGGUCGAUAUUUUUGUAACGUGGACAUGACCCAACAUCAUGUUUGCCACCGCCACAGUUAUAGUGUUGAUGGUUGUGAGCGCUCACUUCCAUGUAUCAUUGCUGUAAAUAAACCACUUGAACAAGA